CGUUCAGUAUUACUCCGGUACUCGUUGUGAACUAAUCAAUUAUUAGUAUAGUGAUAAUUUUAUUUAUUUAUUUAGUUUGUUAUAGUGCAUUUUUAAGUUAAGACUAUGUUCCGUUAUCUAGUCCUAUUCCUGGCGUGUCUGCGGCUGGAGGUGACCAGCUAUUCGGUCACCAACGAGGUUAUCAGCGAACCAGAGCUGAUAUUAGCAUUCGUCGUCAACCGUCACGGCGACAGGUCGCCAGAUGCUGACGAGCUCUCCUUGUCAAAGAUCGCUGAUUAUCUUAAAAACCUCACCUAUAUAGAGGGGCUGGAAGGACUGACAAAUACCGGCAAACGCCGCGCCUACCAGCUCGGCAAAUUUCUCCGGCAACGCUACGGCUCCCAGGGGCUCAACAUACUCUCGGACCUGUACUUGAAGGACGAGCUGUCCGUCCGCUGCACGGACAAGGAGCGUACGAAGAUGACGGCCCUGGUGGCGAUGGCGGCGGCCUAUCCGCCGGAGCUAGAGCAGCAGUGGGACGACGGCGUUGGUAAAGUGUGGCAGCCCGUACCCUACACCACUGUGCCGCUAGAUCAAGACUAUUUACGCUUCUACUCCAGCUGCCCACACUUCACGUCACUCUUGGAAGACGCCAAGAUGGCGGCCGUCAACAAAGAAUUCGCGCCAUACUCCGACCUGAUCCCACUUCUGAUGAAGGAGACAGGCCACAACUUCACAGAGAACCCGGUUCUGUUCCAGACAUUGGUGGAUUUGUUCAAAAGCCAGAUGAGCCUGGGUGUGGAUAUCCCGGAGUGGUCCAAACCUAUCCUGCCACGCCUGACGGAAGCCUCUCUCCUGGCCUACAGACUCUUCUUUAAAACUAAGGAUCUGAAGAUGAUCGGAGGAGGCGUCCUCCUCCACAAAUUCCUUGAGACCGCCAAAGCCGCAACCACCGGCAAGGCCUUCAAGAAGCUGAGCCUAGUCUCCGCCCAUGACUACAACAUGGGCGGGCUGAUGGCCGUGUCGAGGGUCGCGGGCGACGAGCGCAUCAUGCCGGCCUACGCGUCGCUGUUCGCGCUCGAGCUGUACAGGUCCAGGGGCGGCGUGUACAGUGUACUGCCGGUAUACCUAGAGCAAGCAGGACAGGGUGCAGCGACGCACCUGCGUUUCCACAGCUGUCCGGACCCUUACUGCGAGCUGGAGAAGUUUAAGGAGUUGACUCAGGAGUACGUGCUGCCUGAGAAAGAUUAUCACAGGAUGUGUACCGUGAAAACUGAGUUAUAGUGGCCAUUUUAACAAAAGAGGUUUUAUAAUGGUGUUCAAAUUGUUCAACCGAAUUAAGUGACUAAAAAUGCUUCUAAAUUGUAAAAGGUUCGUAGGUAUGGAUAAGUCUUAUCAAAGACAAGUUUUUAAUAAACACGUUUUUCUUCAUAUUUCUAUUCACAGCUAAGUAAAGGGUUAACGAAACGUGCAUGCGAGUUGUCGCACCAUCUAAAUGGGCCUUUACAAAGUAGUUAUAAUAGGUCGUGUUUGGUUUAUAUGUACUUUUUAAUGACAAUGAAAAUUGCAACAAUUUGGUUUCCUGAACAAUUUUAACUACCUACAUUAAUAUUAGAAUACUAAAUAAAGA